AAAUUACACAUUUAAAACUCGAAAUUUUAAUAUUUCAAAAAAGGAGCCGAAAACUCCAUUGAAAUCUGUUUGCCUCCAUGCCCCCUGCGUCAAUCCGCGCGGGAAACAAAACUUCGGGUUUAGGGUUUUGCUCAUCCGCUAUCGGAGCACAGCCUGGGUCAUCGCAGCGUAGUGUCACCUCCCAAAAGAGCAGCCCACUCCCAUCUUUCUCCUCCUUCGCUCGGCUCGAUCUACCUGGGAAGGCAACGACUAUCGCGGCGUGUACAUAGCUCGAAAACUGCCAUCUUCCAGCUUCUCCGCUCCGCUCGACCUAGUUCGGAAGGCUACAACUUGAUUACAGCUUAUAAAUACCUCCGAACCUCCCAUCUGCCUCCUCCUCGGCUCCCUUCUUCUCUGGCCUGAAAGCAUUGAGGAAGAACGAUGGGAUCUGUUUCAGAUUGAUUUCGGGAAAAAAAGGCAGGGUUGUGUUUGGGAUCAUGACUAAGGAAGAACAUAAUGAUGAAAGAGUUGACAUGCUAAUUGAUGUACAUGUUCCAUUGGAUCAACAACCGAACCAAGCAUCUCAUGAAUUUAGCUAUGAUUUUCUUAAAGUUUAUUAUGGAAAGCUCUUUCCAUAUUCUGAUAUUUUCAGGUGGAUGUCUUAUGGGAAUGAUGGAAAGCAUCCAGCAUGUGAUGCAUCCUACUUCAGCAGAAGGGAAUUUUCUUUCACCUUGGAGAACGAUGUGUACCUCCGAUUUCAAUCAUUCAAAAGUGAAUUUGAAUUGGAGAACUCUAUUAAGGAGAAAUGCCCUCACAAGAUUGACAUAGGACCCGUGUAUAGUGUAGAUCCUUCAAAAAGGCACGCAUAUGCACAAGCUGGAAAUAAUGUUUUCACACCAGUUGAGAGGGAGCUCAUUUUUGAUAUUGAUAUAACUGAAUAUGAUGAUGUUAGAUACUGCUGCUCUGGUUCAGAUAUCUGCUUGAAUUGUUGGCCCUUAAUGGCAAUUGCUAUUAAAGUGAUAGACACUGCUUUAAGAGAUGAUUUUGGUUUCAAUCAAAUUUUGUGGGUAUAUAGUGGUCGUCGUGGUGUUCAUUGUUGGGUGUGUGAUGGUAGGGCAAGAAGGCUGAGCAAUGAAGUGAGGUCAUCUAUUGCUGACUAUUUCCAUGUUUAUAAGGGUGGUGAAAAUAGCCUGAAGAAAGCAUCAUUAACGGGUCUAGCUCUUCACCCUCUUCUUGCGAGAGCAUACACCGAUGUUUUGCUGGACUAUUUUGAGAGGAAACUGAUACAUAACCAAAGGUUAUUUUCUCUUGAAGAGAGAUACCAGAAGAUACUAGAUAUCAUUUCAGAUAAAUCUGUUGCUUCAGAGAUACAUGAGAAAUGGCAAGGGAAUAAGAGAUCUUCCGUUUCUGAAGAAGUCCGAUGGGAUCAAUUGAAGAGUGUGUUGCAAUCCACAAAGCAUAAGGGUCUCCGAAGAUGUGUAGAAGAGAUUGUUUUCACUUAUACCUUCCCAAGAAUUGACAUGGAGGUUUCGAAGCAUAUGAACCAUUUGCUGAAGGCUCCUUUCUGUGUACACCCAAAAACAGGACGUGUCUGUGUUCCCAUUGAUCCUAAGUAUUGCGAGGAUUUUGAUCCUACAUCUGUGCCAACGCUUUCUAUGCUUAUAGAGGAACUUAAUGCUGGUGGCGCGCGAAUGGUUGUUGAAAAUGCUGAGUGGGAAGGAACUUCACUUGACCAAUCAAUCAGGUUUUUCAGGUCAUCCUUUCUGCAGCCAUUGAUGAAGUCUUGUAAGGAUGAGAUGGAGAGUUCAUACAACGCAAAAAUCCAACAAUCUAAUAAGAGUUCUCUGAGCUGGUAGACUCUGCUCUUCAUUAGAUCUGUGUCCUCAAUUUCCAC